UAGUCGAGAUGGUCAUGGCGGAGGGUACAGCAGUCCUAAGGAGGAAUCGGCCAGGAACUCUAGCGAAGGACUUCUAUAACUGGCCAGAUGAGUCGUUUGAGGAGAUGGACAGCACGUUGGCAGUUCAACAGUAUAUUCAACAGAAUAUUCGUUCAGACUGCUCUAACAUCGAUAAGAUCCUGGAGCCUCCAGAGGGACAGGAUGAAGGUGUGUGGAAGUAUGAACACCUGAGACAGUUCUGUUUGGAGCUCAAUGGUUUGGCUGUCAAACUACAGAGUGAAUGCCACCCAGACACGUGUACUCAGAUGACUGCUACAGAGCAGUGGAUCUUUCUGUGUGCUGCCCAUAAGACACCCAAAGAGUGUCCAGCCAUAGACUACACCAGACACACCUUGGAUGGAGCCGCCUGCCUUCUCAACAGCAACAAGUAUUUCCCCAGCCGUGUUAGCAUAAAGGAGUCGUCUGUGGCCAAACUUGGCUCAGUUUGCCGUCGAAUUUACAGGAUUUUCUCGCAUGCAUACUUUCACCACCGGCAGAUCUUUGACACGUAUGAGAACGAGACCUUCCUUUGUCACCGGUUCACGCGUUUCGUGAUGAAGUACAACCUCAUGUCUAAGGACAACCUUAUCGUGCCCAUCCUGGAAGAAGAGGUCCAGAACGCCUCUGCUGGGGAGAGUGAGGCCUAGAACCCUGUGCUUCUCUCGGACCAUCUCACAACCUUGCUUGGGACAUUGUGGUAACUAUUUGAGCAGCUGGAAUCCAAAAGGAGUGCAUUCACUGGUUAUUCUGCUGGUUGGUACCCAAUGCCCCAGUGUUUAAUCCAGGUUCGGUCUUUUUGCUCUGUUUGUAAGGAUGUUUGUGCUGAUCUCAAGUCAGUUGAUUCUGGAACAAACUAACCAGAGCGGUUCUUUGUACAUAACAGCCCCUCUUCCUGUUUUUUUUUUUUUUCCAUCUCUCUCCAGUGCUUCAGCGUUUCAAAUCUAUACACUUCUUUCCUUUACUUAAUUUCACUGCUACAAAUUAGUGUGGUAAUAUUCCCAUCUAUCCUCACUUAUCAUUAAGUUAUUUUGUGGGUGGAGUUGUGUGUCUCACCCAACUUUUGUUUUUUUUUUUCCUUUUCUUUUUUUAAUGAACUAAAGUUUGAUAUUUUCAUUAUGUAUGUUGGUAAUAAAAAGACUUGUGCCCACUUGUA